GGAUCAAAACACUGUAAGAAUGUAUGUAUUUUUAAGUGAAAUUAUGUUAGUUGGAAGGGCAUUUCUUCCAGAAUAAUCUAGAAGGUGUGUACAUUUAUGUCAAAUGUUUUAAGAACGUUAUUUAGUCUCGUUGACCGCCUUUGAAAACUAUCAAAUUUUAACGGUCGUAAUUACGGUAGAACUUGGACCGUUUUGAGGAAGAAGUCUUUAAUUGUGCGCUUUUAAAACGGUUAAUACGGUAAUUUAGCCGCGCCUACGUCCCAGGAAGUGAGAACCACUGUUAGUAACAAGCUGUCAUCUCUGCAAGAAGUGAGCUAUUGUAACUUAUAUAUCACGAAAUCCUUGUUGUUAUACAAUAAAGUGGUUAACUAAGAACAAGGAAGAUGCUUUCUCCGCGGGUCUUGAGGUCUGCAUCGUCCUUAAUAUGCAGAGGGUUUUCCAUGAGUCAAAUGUGCCGACAAGGGAAGGCACCUGAUAUGGCUGAGGGAAACACAUUUUUGCUUGUGAGCAAUGUUCGCAACAGGCUGAGGGAGAUAGUUGGAGCAUCUACCAACUGGAAAGACCAUCAACAAGCAUUAGCUGAGCGUGCGUCACUAAGCCAGUAUCUUGCCCAGAGUCAGGAUGAACUUCCUGCAAAGACAAUGAAGGACAGUGCAAUCGAGGCUCAUCUUCCUCUGGGUACCCAGCCUGCCUUGAGAGAGAAAUAUCUCAACUAUCACAACAGUGUCAGGUUUGGAAGAAUUUUGGAGGACUUGGACAGUUUAGCAGUGCUCAUCUGUUACUCUCACACAUGGAAUAAGGAGCUGAAAAGAUCUCCACUGUCUAUUGUCACAGCUCUAGUGGACAAGAUCGACAUGAGAAAAAACAUAAUCUACCCAGACUGUGACAUCAAGUUCACAGGUCACGUGACAUGGGUUGGCAAAACCUCAAUAGAAGCUAAAAUGCACAUGUUUCAGUAUCAUGAUGGGGCGUACACCGAUGUAUUAGAUGCCACGUUUGUAAUGGUGGCUCGAGAUCCUGAAAACAAAAGGGCAGCUUUUAUAAACCCACUGAAACCAGAAGGACCAGAAGAAGAGGCCAUUUUUCAACAGGGGGAGAUAAACAAGAAGAGGCGUGUGGAGCUGAGCACAGCCUCUCUUCUUAAAGUGGCCCCUACAGCUGAGGAGAGGACUCUCGUUCACAACCUGUUCCUCAACACUCUAGACACACGAACUGUUAGCUUUCGAAGUCGGAUUUUACCACCUAACUCAGUGUGGAUGGAAGAUGCUAAAAUGAAAGGGCUUGAAAUUUGUCACCCACAAGAAAGAAACAUCUUUAACCGGAUAUUUGGUGGUUUUCUGAUGAGAAAGGCCUAUGAGCUUGGUUGGGCCAAUGCCUGUGCAUUUGCUGGAUGCAGACCAACGCCGGUGGCAGUAGAUGACAUCUUAUUUCAGAAGCCUGUAGAAAUUGGCUCUUUGCUAUUGCUUUCCUCACAGGUUUGUUACACAGAAGGGAUGCACAUCCAAGUCAGGGUUCACACAGAGGUGCUUGAUCCAUUGACCCGGCAGCACAACACCACCAAUGUGUUUCACUUCACUUUUCAUGUUGAGAAGGAAGUCCCAGCUGUUGUACCACAGAGCUAUGGAGAGUCUAUGCUGUACCUGGAUGGAAAGAGGCACUUUGAUGAGAUGAUAAGAACCCAAGGUUGAGCGGUCUAAGAUGUGCUGAUAGGAUGAGCGUAUCUUCCUGUCAAAGCUGCAGUGAUAAUCACCGCUGUAGUUACAUGAGAAUUUGUAUGUGUGGAUUCAGCUUUUAUUAUUUUAGUUUCGUUCAUUUUGUAUUUAUAUAUUUUAUUACUCGCUGCAUUUUUACAUGAAUGUAAAAUAUUGUUUUUCACAAUUCCAUCCUUACAUUGGGAGAGGAACAUUUUAUGAAAUGGCCUGUUUAUCUGUUUGAGGUUUUUUUUUUUUUUUAAUGUAGGCAUAUCUCAGUUAUUGGACAGUUGCAACCUAUUUAAUCAUUGAGACUUAUAACAGACCAUGUUUUAUUGGCACUACAAUGACAUUUAUAAGGAGAGAAGACUUUAAAGACUCUUCAAACAAGUGAUUUUGAUUGUACAAGGGCAAUUGACCUGUUUUUGUGUUAAUGAUCUGAAUGCUGCUGGAGCGAUUCAUGAACAACUGGUACCUUGAAAAAGGAAAUGUAUGAACAAACUCUAAAAUCCUGUCUUCCUUCCUUAAUCUCCACAAAAGGAAACAAGGAAAUCCUAAACUGACGAUCAAAUAACUCCAAAAACUUUACCGUACAUAUCUGUCCUAGAGAGCGCAGUAUGGAUAAGAAUCAGGUUUUGCAGUUUAAUCUGCAUGUUUCAGAAUGCUGACAAUUUAGCUAAUAUAUAAACAUCCUUUUUUCAUUAUUAUUGUUGUGUAUUAUUGUGUAAAUCUUACAAACAACCAUGGAAAUAUGUAUGGACAUGCAAUGGACUCUGUAAGAAGUUAACGUACAAAUUUAAUUUCCAGGAGAUUAACAUGAUGCCUUUCAUGUACACACUACCUGUGCCAAAAUAACCAAAAACUGACCAAUGAAUUCUUUUUAAUGUUUUUGUUCACUCUCUCUCUCUCUCUCUCUCUCUCUAUAUAUAUAUAUAUAUAUAUAUAUAUAUAGCAUCAUAAAUAUUGUAAUUUUCCAAGGUUUUUUUAUAUAUUAAAAAUACAUUUUUUAUUUUAUGCACUUUUAUAAGCAAGUAAAUACUUUGUUAGUUUCUUAUCGACUGGCGAUAUGUUUAUCUACAUCUGUAUUGCCUUGUAUCUCAGAUAUGUAUUUUCUGGAUUAAUUUAUUCCACAAGCGAAAGUGUCCAAUAACAGGUGGAUUACUGAAGCGAGUAGUAUGGUUGGUCAUGUGAUCUCAACACACUGGUCCGACCCGCUCCAUGUACAAUAAAAUAAAAUUGUAUUAGCGUA